AUGCACACAACCCACCAUCAUUCACUCUCUCUCAUCCUCCUUCUCUCCCUAAAAAGUAGAAGCCUAACCAAAAACCCAUUUUCCACUGCCACCCCCAAUCACCGGUCACCACCAUCACAACAUCGCUUACCUGCAUCGGAGGCCACCCUUCAUCACUGCUAUUGUGGAGGUUUGACCGUCCGCUUCUCCUUCCGAACUCAACAAAUCAGAAAAUCGAGUAGGUCUCGAUUUUUAAGGUUGAUCUACAAGCACAACCUUGAACUCACAGAAUUGGUCAAAAGCAGGAGGUAA